AUGUUUGGCAGAGUUCGGCAGGGCUUAGUAGACGCGGGACGCUUGUCUACUCUCAGAAGGAUGGGGUCGUCGGUUGCUGGUUCACGCAGCGGGGGCACCGGCGUGAUGUUCAUGAACAUGGGAGGCCCGUCGACUGUGGCGGAGACUCACGACUUCCUGUACCGGCUGUUCUCGGACAACGAUCUGAUCCCGAUCAGCGCGAAGUACCAGCCUCUGAUUGCCAAGUUUGUUGCGCGGAUGCGGACUCCCAAGAUCGCGAAGCAGUACGAGGAGAUUGGCGGGGGCUCGCCGAUCCGCAAGUGGUCAGAGUAUCAGGCGACGCGCGUGUGUGAGCUGCUGGACGAGCGUUGUCCGGAGAGCGCGCCGCACCGGCCGUACGUGGCGUUCCGCUACGCGCGUCCACUGACGGACGAGACCUACCAGCAGAUGCUGAAGGACGGUGUGCAGCGGGCGGUGGCCUUUUCGCAGUACCCGCAGUUUUCCUAUGCGACGACGGGUUCGAGUCUAAACGAAUUAUGGCGUCAGGUGAAGGAGCUGGACCCCGAGCGCAAGAUUGAGUGGUCCGUCAUCGACCGGUGGCCUACACAACCGGGGUUGGUGCAAGCGUUUGCAGACAACAUCAACAAGACCCUGCAAGAGUUCCCGGAGGAGAUCAGAAAGGACGUCGUCAUUCUUUUCUCCGCGCAUUCACUGCCAAUGGACAUUGUGAACACGGGUGAUGCGUAUCCGGCGGAGGUCGGCGCGACUGCGUACGAAAUUAUGCGGAAGCUGAAGUUCAGCAACCCGUAUAGGCUCGUCUGGCAGUCUCAAGUGGGGCCUAAGCCAUGGUUGGGUGCGCAAACUGCACAGAUCACGGAGUUCCUCAGCGACAAAGUUCCUGGUUUGGUACUGGUGCCAGUCGCCUUCACUUCAGACCACAUUGAAACGCUACAUGAAGUGGAUCUGGGAAUAAUUGGCGAGUCCGAGCACAAGGACAAAAUCAAAAGAUGCGAGUCUCUAAACGGGAAUGAGACGUUCAUUCGGGGGUUGGCCGACCUGGUCGAAUCCCACUUAAAAAGCGGCGAAUCAUACUCGAAACAGCUCCCACUGGACUUCAAACUGGGCAAAUCGAGCGACCCACUCGGCCAUCCCUCGCAGCUCUUCAAGAGCAAACUUUAA